AUGUCCGUUUACCGAUUCUCGCACUCGGCUCGGCUCGCACUUGUGUCAGUGUCUUCAAUUCAAGCGCGAAAGUCUCGUACGUCCAAGUCCAUGUCUCGGGACGCGCUGCACGGGAUUAGAUUUAAUCCGCAAAGGAUAGUCGGUUUUAUAUCGGGCGGGUGCGGCGGCGUGGAGCUGCGGGCGGCGCGCGCCGAUUGGCCACGGCGCACCUGCAAUGCGUCAACGCGCGGCGCAGAGCCGAGCGCCGAUGCCCCACUUCAAGAGAUGGGCUUCGUAGCGAUUUUCGCUGAGCGGCGCCCACUCCGAGCUGUGGAACAAAGAGCAGCUAAUAAAGUCAGUUUCUUGACACCCAUAAAGCUA